AUGCCUCAAUGCGUUAGUGCGCCCCUGAGCGCGCCUGAAAUGGGCGACCUUGUCGCACGUGCGCGCGAAACGAGCCGUUCACCGCUUCAGACAGAGAGGUGUGUGUGUCUGUGUGCGUGCAUAUGUGUGUACCCGCAAGUGCACACGCACAGGAUGGCGGGCAGGCAAGACGUGCGUUUAGACGCGCGCCUUUGCGCACUCAGCUCAAGUAUUCAACACUUUGGUAUGCGAGAGCACCUUUUUGGACUGGCCCAAAACCAAAGGCACGCCAACAAGCGUAAUCAGUUAAAAGUCCGCCUGGUCGGCCAUCGGAACGGGCGGACGUUGUUCAUCUCUGAUUGGCUGAAGCAGCAAUCAAUCUGGCCUCGGCUAAUACUUCAAUGA